AUGACGUACCAGACGCCACAGAAAGAAGAAAUUACCAGCGGCGAAGAUUUUGCAAGAAGUACGCCAUAUUGGUACUCAAAAUCUUGCAAAGCCUUCUCGACGCGGAUUUCGGCACUCCCUAAAAAGCCAUGCUCGAUCGAGAUCUUGACACCGUAUAUAGAACAGAAGCGACCCCCCAAGUUGCCAAAAGCACAAAUGGAGAAAGACUAUCCGGCUGCUACGGACGUUGCCUUGCAGGCCGUCGACAGUGUGCAGGGUCUGGAGUAUGAUCUGGUCAUUGUGGAUCCUACCGUGGUGCGCCGCACCGGGUUUCUUGACGCGAACCGACUCAACAUGAUGUUCUCCCGUCCAGAUACGGCAUCAAUCAAACCAGACGCAUCGUUUUACACACACUUGGAGCAUUCGAACGCUUGGAUCGUGCUUGCAAAUGGCGCAUCUGACUUGUCCUUGAAAUGGCAUCCUCGAGAGCCAGUAAGCAUGCAGACGUCUCGCCAGCCUAACGAUGGUAAAGGCAACGGCCGUUCCGCCUGCGAUCGCUGUAGGCGCCACAAGCUCCGGUGCGAGCGCUCUUCGGACUCAGCACAGUGCCGUCGGUGUUCGAAAGCCAACGUGGCAUGUGUAACCGGAACGGCUCUCAAGUCAGGACGUCCACCGCAGAGGCGACAACCUUCCGAUGCUCCAGAGAUUUGGUCUCUACAUCAGACGCCUCAAACACCCAUCAAUAUCCCGGAUACUGAUCCUGGAAUUGGCCGAGAAAUGCAGUUGCCGCUGUCGCCGGUAAACAUUGCCGGUUUCGAAAACGGUUGGCCUGGCAGCAUGCAACAGGAUAUCGAUGCACCCCAAGUAUUCCAACCUCUAGUCAAUACCUAUCAGCCCCAAUACUCGCAUGUUAUCCAUCAGAAUGACUGCCUGAAAAGGCUAGGGGACCUGCAGACGGAAAUCCUUGCUGAUCUAGAGCUUGCAAAGGCAUGCAAAACAGCGACUGACUGCCCUCAAUUGGCUCUAACUCCAGACCUGGAGUACAAUUCUUCUUUCCUCGUCGGUCGAAUGCUUGAGCACUCGAAGACUCUACUCGGCAUCUUGGAUUCUUUUGGAUCAAUUUCCGCGACGCCAACUUGUUUCUCGGACGCCGACUGCCUUGCUGCUGGACGGACUCCUCCUGGCAGCUUGCAUUGCGACGUCCCGACAAAAUUCUCUCUUUUUUCGUGCUAUAUCUGUCUCAUCCGCAUCUACCGCGCAAUAUUCUCCUGCAUCCACGACUCGAUGCCCGUUCUGUUAGGGCUGCAACAACCGCUGCCUCAGCUAUUUCCGGGCAUUAACUUGGCAGGUUUCUCCCUCGAGGCGCGCCUCGAUCUGCAAGUCCAGAUCCUCGUCCAAGUCAGUGAAGAUAUGCUCGCGAAACUGGAAGCUAGAUUUGGUAUCGGCGAGGGUGCUUCCCUCAACCAGGGAAUUUUCGAGCCGACAAGAGCUGCUAAGAUGCUCGCCAUGAUGCUGGAGGAAGAAGCCAAUGAGCAGCCUCCGUUAUAUGAACCUCGAAGCCCUUGCGAGCCUUUGAAAAUUAUCCUUGCCAAUUUGAAACGAAUGACCAAUGCUGAAACUUCAAAAAGCAAAGACUUUUGA